AUGUUGGACCGGUGUAGGGUCCUAGCAGUGUGUGUGUUUCUGAGUGCAGUCUGCAGUCUUCAGUCUGCUAUUGACCAGGGUCCUCUGUACGCCGUAUAUAAUGACCUGCUUGAGAACUACAAGACGUAUAUCAGACCCAGGAAGAACGCCAGUGAGACUGUGGAUGUGCUGGUCUCCUACAGUCUGGCAUCUGUUGAAGCCUUGGAGGAAAACACUCAGACACUCAUUUCAACUGGUUACGUAUGGCUUGAAUGGACGGACGACCUGCUGACGUGGAACUCAGAUAGAUACGGUAAUAUUACCAAUAUAACAAUACCUGUUGAAAAGCUGUGGUUUCCAGACUUGCUCCUGCUAAAUGGAUUAGAUGACCCGCCUCUCAUAUACCCGGACGGAGAAACAGCAAGGACAGAGAUGGUUUUCACAUUCGUCUUUAAACGCAAGUACCUCUAUUACGUCAUCACCAACAUCCUUCCCGUCAUGCUUCUCUCCGUCCUCAACCUUGGUGUGUUUUUGCUUCCGCCGGAGACUGGGGAGAAGGUAUCGCUGUGUAUAUCCAUAGUGCUGUCCUACGCAGUCUACAUGUCUGCCAUCAGUGGACGUCUACCGGAAGUGUCCGAUACCGUGACGGCGGUGCUUGGGGCAAAGAUUGUCGCUUAA